AAUGGAACUGUCCAUUUGAAACGGUACACUUAUGCCCAAGUGAAAAGAAUAACGAGAUCUUUUGCUGAAAAGCUAGGUCAAGGUGGAUUUGGUGCUGUUUACAGAGGCGACCUCUUUGAUGGUCGUCAGAUAGCAGUCAAAAUACUCAAGGACUACAAGACUGAUGGGGAGGAUUUCAUCAAUGAGGUAGCUAGCAUUAGUAGAACUUCUCACGUUAACGUUCUUAAUCUCUUAGGAUUUUGCUUGGAAGGAUCUAAAAGGGCAUUAAUUUAUGACUAUAUGCCUAAUGGUUCACUUGAAAAGUAUGCCUUCAAGGAUGGCUCUAAAGGUGGAAAUACUUUAGGUUGGGAAAAAUUAUUUGAUAUAGCAGUGGGCAUUGCUCGAGGACUUGAAUAUCUCCACAGAGGAUGCAAUACCCGCAUGGUGCAUUUUGAUAUCAAGCCCCACAACAUUCUAUUGGAUCAAAAUUUCUGUCCAAAGAUUUCUGAUUUUGGACUAGCCAAGCAGUGCCUCAAUAAAGAAAGUGUUAUUUCCAUUGGUGGUGCAAGAGGAACAAUAGGCUAUAUAGCCCCCGAGAUUUAUUCGAAGCAAUUUGGAACAGUAAGUACUAAGUCUGAUGGUUACAGUUAUGGAAUGAUGGUUCUUGAGAUGGUUGGGGCAAGGGACAAGAAUAUCAGCCAAAAUAGUGAAUCUACCAGCCAAUAUUUCCCACAAUGGAUUUAUGAACAUUUAGAUGAAUAUUGUCUUAGUGCUUCCGAGAUAAAUGGAGGGACCUCAGAGAUUGUAAGGAAGAUGAUAGUGGUAGGGAGGUGCAUACAGUUGAGUCCUACAGAUCGUCCAACAAUGACUAGAGUUGUCGAGAUGCUUGAAGGGAGCACAACUAACAUCGAAUUGCCACCAACGGUGCUCUUGAGUUGAUAGGUUUGUAUUGUUCUCCGGCACUUGCUCAAGUAUUGCAUAAUUUGUGAGAAAGAUUGGAAAUUUUUAAUUCUUAAAUGAUGGACUGAAAAUUUAAAGACUUCCGAGUGCCAUUUGUGUGUAUGCAGUGGGGAUUCCACCAAAUUAUUGACCGAGUGUGACCAUAUUUGUGGAGACAUAUUCUAAUUGGGCCUAGCAAUUGGCAGCUCAUGACGGGCGUGAGGGCGUGUGCACGUUUUUUUUCUUCUUU